GAAACCGUUGAGCUUUUCCGAGCCCGGAUGCCCUUACGGAAGCACCGCUGUCGCUUCAAAAGUUAUGAGCACUGCUUCACCGCGGCCGAGGCUGUGGACUGGCUCCACGAGCUCCUGCGCCGCAGUCAGAACUUCGGCCCCGAGGUGACCCGCAAGCAAACGGUUCAGCUGUUAAAGAAAUUCCUCAAGAACCACGUUAUCGAGGACAUCAAGGGAAAAUGGGGCCAGGAAGACUUGGAAGACAACGGCCGUCUGUACAGAUUUCCUCCUUCCUCACCUUUAAAACCAUAUCCAAAGAAGCCCACCUACCAAAAGGAUGCCAUUAAAUUUCCAGAAUGGAAUGAUCCCCCACCAGGCACUUCCCAAGAGAACAUCCCAGUACGGCCCAUUGUGAUGAAUUCGGAGAUGUGGUGCAAGCGUCACAGCAUUGCUAUCGGAGAAGUGCCAACUUGCCGCCUUAUCCGCCGCAGGCAGCUGACGGAGGCCAACGUGGAAGAGAUGUGGAAGUCUUUGACUUUGUCGUACUUACAGAAAAUGCUCGGGCUGCAGUCCUUAGAAGACGUGCUAGACAGCCAGCGCAUCCACUCCAAGUUCAUCAUCCAUAAUGUGUACGGUGUUAGCAAGCAGGGCGUGGUGAUCCUCGACGACAAGUCCAAAGAACUCCCGCACUGGGUACUGUCAGCUAUGAAGUGUUUGGCAAAUUGGCCAAAUUGUUCUGAUUGGAAGCAGCCAAUGUACUCCGGAUUUGAAAAAGAUGUCUUUAAAACGAUAGCUGAUUACUAUGGUCACUUAAAAGAACCUCUGCUUACAUUUCAUCUCUUUGAUGCUUUUGUCAGUGUAUUAGGUUUGUUACAGAAAGAGAAAAUGGCUAUUGAAGCAUUUCAGAUUUGCUGCCUCCUCCUGCCGCCUGAGAACAGGAGAAAGUUACAGUUGUUGAUGAGGAUGAUGGCAAGGAUCUGUUUGAACAAAGAGAUGCCACCACUGUGUGAUGGUUUCAGCACGCGAACACUGCUGGUGCAGACGUUUUCCCGUUGCAUCUUGUGUUCCAAGGAUGAAGUAGACUUGGAUGAGUUAUUAGCCGCUAGGUUGGUGACCUUUCUGAUGGACAAUUACCAGGAUAUUCUGAAAGUUCCUGUGGCCUUGCAGACCUCUAUAGAGGAGCGUGUGGCCCACCUACGGAGAGUUCAGAUAAAAUAUCCAGGAGCUGAUAUGGAUAUCACUUUAUCUGCCCCAUCCUUUUGCCGCCAAAUCAGUCCCGAGGAAUUUGAAUACCAAAGAGCAUACGGCUCUCAGGAACCCCUGGCGGCUUUGCUGGAGGAAGUCAUAACAGAUGCCAAGCUCUCCACCAAAGAGAAGAAGAAAAAGCUGAAGCAGUUUCAGAAAUCCUAUCCUGAAGUCUACCAGCAACGGUUUCCUACACCAGAAAGUGAAACACUUCUGUUUCCGGAGAAAAACAGACCAAGACCACAGCUGCUCGUGUGGGCAUUCAAAAAGCCUUUCCAACCCUUUCAAAGAACUCGAAGCUUUCGGAUGUAAUCCUUCCACGCCUGUGGAGACCUCUGUUGGAGUGAAUGGAUAGUUAAGGAAGGACUGUGAUGGUGGAAGAAAGACUUGCUUAGGAUAUAGACUACUGAAAUAUAUAAGAAUAAAAGAUAAUCAGACUUAUAAAAUGCAUCGAGCCAUUAUCAGUAUUUUUAUAAAAUGAUACUAUUUUAAGAGUGUACAAAACAAUGAAAAAUUAUGGGUCGAGUGUCUGAUGACAGUGUUAAGAUGUUUGUAAUUACUAGAAAAUUCAAGAUAAUGUAUAUUUGUCUUGUUAUUUUUCAUGGUGUUUAUGAAAGUAAUUGUGGUUGUAUAUUCUUGUUACUAAUUUUUGGCUUAAAAGUAGUGUAUAUACUUGAAUGAGAAAUACACUGGGUUCUGUUACUGUGAUGCUGUUGACUUAAUAGCCAGAUGUGAUUUCACUUGUCACCUCUGUCCUACAUUGCUGCACAAAGGUUCUCAGUGCCCUGGGUUGGGUUGUGAAUGGCUGAAUUCUUGUUUUUGAAUUGCAAACAGGCUAGUUUUGGUCUGACCAGAUUUCCUAAAGCUGGCUCUCUCGUAACCUGUGCUUGAGUGGAUUUUGUACGUGCCCGAAGUGGACUGCUCUCAGACUUGGCAAAAGAGGCAAAGGUGAACUUUAUGAUAAAUCCUCUGUGUGCUCUAAGUCAAAUCUUUGUUGGGUUAAAGAAAAUAAGAUUAUUACUCUUUAAACGUGUAUUUUUUCCCCAGCUUCCUCACCCUUCUGAAAGUAAAUGGAAUGUAAGUAAAAUA